AUGUAUGUGUUGGCGUGGGUGCUGCUGUUUGUGUGGCUGGGUGGAGGUGUGUGCGUGUGUAUGAUGGAAAACUACACGCUACUGAUAGAGAAGAGAGGUUGUUCUCAGUGUAUUGCCGUCAACACCACCAUCUGCAGUGGCUUCUGCCACACACAGGACACCAAUGUGAAGGGGCGUGUGGGUAAGAGUUACCUGAUCCAACGUGGCUGCAUGCCCCACUCCCUGGUCUAUCAUCCCGCCCGCGUGCCAGGCUGCCCGCUGCAUGCCAACAACGUGCUCUACUACCCAGAGUCCCGCCGCUGCCACUGCACCCGCUGUGACGGACACGCCCACCGCUGUGUCCACGUGACCCAGGUCACACCCACCCCUUGCACCAGGAAGAACCCUGCCACCCACAGGACCAGCUCCUCAACCCGCAGGACCUGGAAACGCCCACCUGUCAAGAAAAACAGCGACCAGGAAACCUAA